UCAAGCCGCAAAGUAUCAAAAAAAUGGUGUGCGAUUCGCCUCUAUGGAGGCGCAGCUUUGAAUUUAAACUGAGCAUGGUCCAAGUUCGAGCCGGUAGAGCCGCUGGAGUUUGGUUCCCAGUCACGGUUCCCAGGGACCCUUCGGCCUCGACCAACGGCUUCGGAGAAAGACCCCUUCGCUGCUAUACAAAGCCAACGGUCAACCUACCAUGCCCACAAACUCCAAGAGCUCGUCAUCAAGCAGGAUGACGGGCGAUAUAAACAACAUGGGCGUCCUGUCUGCUAGCACUCUCGGCAAAGCCGCGCCCUUCCUCGCGGCGCUUGAACAGCAGCUUUACCAGUCCAUCGUCCCCCGGAGAUCCGGCAACGGGUCUUCUGUUCCCGUCGACGCGGCGAUUAGCAUGACACGAAAACAGCAAACGGCCGAUCCCUACAACAAUGACGACGGCGAGGGAUCCGCCUUGGGCUACUACUUUCGAGUCCCCUACGAGGCGGACGGCGCCAUUUACCAGAAGGACGAGGCCGAAGAAGGGGAGCAGGAAGAGGAAACAAGCCCCGAGACCGAGCAGCGACGGAGUGACGCCGCGGAAGCGUUUUGGUUUCUGAGGGACUUCAUCGAGGCAAGAUGGCCGGUCCAGCUGCUCGCAGGAUACAUCAAGAUCCAGUGCGAUCUGACCCUGGACGAGAUCAAGGAGCUCGGCCGCCUGAACAAGGCCGAGGGCUCGAGAAAAUGCCGGAAGCUCGUCAGCGCGCCGGUGAUCCACGACGAGAUCGGGUACGCCCUCUGGUCCGAGCUGGCCCGCGACAUUGCGGCACGCGGAGACGAUUUACAGGUAAGCAAGGCAGCUCCCGCAAGUAACGGCCUGGCCAAGGCCGCGACUUCGCCGGCUGCGAUGAGCAAAACCACCGCAGAGGAGGUCGCUGCCCGACGGGCGAGGUCGAUGAGGAGACGAGCCACGGACGGCGAUGCCAUCACCGUCCGCUCCAGACCGGGGACGGCUCCAACGCACGUGUCCACUAAUACGGCGCGCCGGCGACGGAAGAGCGAUGUGCAGCUGGUGCGACCGCACCAAGUCAUUUGCACCACCUGCGGGAGCAGGGCGGUCCCACGGCCCAAGAACGACGAUGACGACGACGACGGCGGCGAUGACGACAGCGCCAUGUCGGACGACGAGUACGAAGACGACCGCGGAGAAGACGAGCUCGGGUCCAGGGAAAGAAAGCGGGACAGCAUCUCGAGACGGCUCUCCGUCAAGAUGAACAAGACCCUUACAAAGUUUGGAGAAGGUCUCGCAACCGGGUACGGAGGCAAUGGGGUCAGCCGGGUGACUGGGUAACUUACGGGGGGGUGGCCCUCGGCGAGACGCGUUCGGAACAGCGAAGAUUCGAGGUGGCGUGGUUUUUGGAGGUGGGUUUUAUGCAGUGUGGCGGUCCCUUGAUGGAAGAUUGAUACCAGAGAAUGAUACCAUGACGGAUGAGGCAAUGGAGUUUGGAACGAACCAUUACACGCUUAUCGACGUCGAACUGAGGCGAGGCACCUGGAUGAGCUCGCCA